GUAACAUCAAUAAACAAUAUAUCCAAUAUGAUGAAAUUUGCAGUUUUGGUUGCAGUCCUAAUGGUAUUUGUACAGAUAAAUUCUGCACAAUCACAAAUGAGUAACUCCCAAGGCGGCAUGGGUAUGCAACAAUCAGGAGGUAUGCCACCUUCCGGUGGCAUGGGAGGUGGUUCGAACGGUGGGAUGGGAGGAGGUAUGAAUGGCGGCUCGAGCGGCGGUAUGGGAGGUGGUAUGAGCGGCGGUAUGCCUUCUGGACAGCAAGGUUAAUAAGUUGAAUUAUUUGUUAUUUAAAUGUUAAUAAAAAAAU